GCUGUCGGUGAGUUGAUGGUUCAAUUUUAACGAAAUUACACAAAGUUUCGAUGAUUAGACACUCAGAUCUAGAAAUACAAAAAUAUAUAUUUUAAUUUUAAUCUAUUUUAUAUAUUUAUUUAUAAUAUGUUGAAUAGUACAGGAGUGAUAUUGAGUUUUAACUUUUUUUAACUUUUAUAUAUUUUUUAUUUGUGAAGUCCUCCGGUUUGUAGGCAUCCUAUGUAACAUGAGGACUUUAUUGUUUGUCUUAACAUCGACGUUAUUAAUAAUUUUUUUCGGUUUAAAUACACAUGUAAGAUCUAACCCUGAAAUGACUCUAAAUAUUUCAAGCAAUGGCGAUGGCGAGUUUUCACUGGUUAAACAAAAGCAUUUAGGGAUAAUGAUUUACACCUAUGGAGCUACUCUUGGUCAAAACGUAUCCAGAGUUAUUGACGGAGGUUAUCCGAUUUGGAAUUCGAAUGGUGGUCCUAAUAGGGUGAAAAACGUUGUUGUUUACUCUUACGGAAGUAAACAUAUGUUGUGUUACAUUAUUUUUUUUCCUAGUAAUGAUUUGACCAAGUUUUACAAGAAAAAGAUGAAUACAUGGGAAGAGUUAACUCCCAAAGAAUUCGAAGAAUCAUUACAUAAAAUGAAGGUUGAAAGGCAUUUGGAUGUAACCGGCCCUUUCGAUGAAAGCGUUUUCAUAAUCGAGAGCAAACCAUCAUUUGGACUGCCCCAAGUAAUUUUAACGCCUUUGGGUGAUUUUAGAAUUGUUAGAAUCUUUGAAGAGAAUUCAAUUUUAUUGGAAGAUUAUGACGGUGCUAAAAGAUGCACUCAAGUUAUUAUAAAUGGACCUCCAGGUGAUCCUAAGCUCGUUCAAAUCACUGUUUCAAUUGAUAGUUUAGUUUACCAAAGAUAUUUUGUAAAAUCAGAACAGGGUUGGGAAAGAGUAACUAUCCAGGAAUAUAGAAGAACUUUCCUCAAAAUUGAUAGAGAAUAUAUUGACAAAGAAAAGAUUGAAUCAAACGAUUAA